AUGCCCGCAUCCAACCCUCCUUUUACAUCCACUGAGCACUUCCACACCAACACUCGCAUCGAUCUUUCUCAUCAAUCCAUUUGCUUCAUUACCUCGGCCUUCACUUUCGACAUCAGACGCAGCGAUUGGACGAAACAUCGAUCAACCACCCGCAAAUCUGAUCGCGUGCGGGUCUGCGAUCUUCUCACGCGUCGACGAGGCUUCUUCUUGCGAGACGAGCACAGCAUUAUCUACGUAUUACUGGAGCAGAUCAAAACGAUGAACAACCAAGGACAGCAAGGACAGCAGUCUGGCCAACAGAGCCCUGCUGUUCCAGGCCAGCAACGGUCGCCUCAACUUCCGCAAGGACCACCGCAAAACGCCGCCCAAGCAGCACAAUACAAAGCAGCGCUCAUCCAGCAACAACAAAUCCAAGCUAUGCGCGCACACCAACUUGCACAGCAACAAGCCCAACAGCAAGGUCAGUCUUCCGCUCAGCCGCAGCAACAGCCGCAGCCAGGACAACAACCGCAACAGCAGGCGGCGAACAUUCAAGCCUUGCAAGCACUUGUGCAGAACAAUCCGCAAGGUUUGCAGGCUCUGUUCCAGGCAGCGAGGGAGGGCAAGAUCAGUCCGGAACAGCUGGCUCAGUUGAAGGCAUUUAUUGGGGCUCAUCAACAGGCUCAGCAGCAACAGCAAGCGCAACAGCAGCAGCAGGUUAGGCCGCCGCAGCAACAGCAACAACAGGUGCAGUUCCAACAGCAGCAACAGCAGGUCAGACCUCCUCAGCAGCAGCAACAACAGCCUAGUUUGCAACAACAGCAACAAAUGGCGGCUGCGCUUCAACAGCAGCUCCAGCAGCAACAGGCACAACAGCAGCUCCAGCAGGUCAGACCGCCUCAGCAGCCGCAACAACUGCAGCAGCAACAACCUCAGCAACCACUUGUUCGAGCGCCUCAAGUUGCCGGAGCGCCUGCUCAGCCUCAAAUGCCAUUGACGGAGCAAACGCUACUGGAGCAAUUCAAUCGCGUUGCUCAGCCGCUACGCAUGAAGGUGCAAGCGCUAGAAAGCGCCUUGAACAACCCCAACCUGAAGCCUGAAGAAAGGCAACAGUGCCAGAAUGCGCUACAAGAGGCGAGAAAUCAGCAAGCCGCGUUGGCGAAACAGAUUCAGGUUGUACGCGAGAGUUUCAGGCAACAGCAAGCUCAACAACAGCAACAGGCGAAACCAGCGACUCCAGUUCAAGCUCCCACUCCAGCAGCACCAGCUCCUAUGGGUGGUGCAGGUACUCCCCAGCAGCAACAGCAGCAGCAAACUCAAACGGCAAGCCCUGCUGUAGCGGCUGCCGCUACUCCUGCUACCCCAGCUUCGACAGUCACUGGCACACCCAAGGCUCCGGCCAAGGCGACGCCUAAAGCUCCAGCAAAGAGUAAGGCUGCAGCCAAGAAGGAGAAGGAAGCGAAGGAGAAAGAGGAAAAGGAGAAGGCUGCAAAGGAGGCGAAAGGCAAAGGUGCGCAGGCGGGUAAGGGUAAAGGUACCGCAUCACCCAGUCCUGCUGCUGCUGCUGGUGCGAAGUCUUCUCCUGCAGCAGCGGCUGGAGCCACACCAGGUGUGGGUGCAAGUGGUACACCUGCACCCACCACUCCUGCUCCCUCCGCUGCUGCUGCUGCAACUUCGAAGGCUGGUCCAGCUGGGAACCUUUCGACUAGUGUUCCAACACCUGCUGCUGCUGCCCCUGCUACAGUGCCGACUACUCCCACAGCCGGGACGACGGCAGGUACACCAAUAACCGCAAUGUCUGCCGCCGCUGCAUCUUACGCCUAUGUUUCCAUCCCACCAGUCCUCAAUGUCUCUGGCUCAACCGCGCCUGAACCUUACCCCACAUCCGCUGGGCCCAGGUCUUCGAUGACACAAGGCUUAGGUGUACCCCCUGUUAUCGGAACUCCCGCUAUCUUAGCUAGACCUAAUCCAACAGGUCCGGCUAAUGCAACAGGCGAAAGCGAUGCAGCGCUUGAUGAUCUUUUGGGAUUACCUUCGAGAUCGAGUAAUGCAAAUAACGCAGAUGAUCUACUAGGAUUACCAGCUGGUGAUGAAGUGGAUGUGGCUCAGGCUGCAGCUGCUACUGCCAGCUCCAUCUUGCCUUCCUCAGCCGCCCCAGCUACCAGCCAAAUUGACACAUCAACCACCUCAAGCUUGCUCACUAAACGGAAGAUCUCAGACCUCAUCUCAGAGCUCGAUAGCAAUGAGAAGCUGGAAGGAGCAGUAGAAGAUCUUCUGUUGGAGCUGGCAGACGAGUUUAUUGAGAGUGUAACUCAGAUGGGCUGUCGACUAGCCAAACAUAGAAGAGGUGACAAGUUGGAGGUUAGGGAUGUACAGCUGCAUUUGGAGAGGAACUGGAACUUGAGAGUUCCUUUUCCGGGGGCUGUACCAAUUGCUCCUCCGAGGACGAAGGUGUGGGCUGUUGGUGGUGCGGCCGGUGGCGGUUCGGGUACGGGUGGUGCUGGCGGAAAGUAA